AUGCAGCAGGCCAUGACCAAGGCGGCGAAGGACAGGGAGGCCGCGGCGGGGCUGGACGUUCUCUACGCUUCCGAUGAGUUCAGAAUGUACUGUUUCAAGGUGCUGCCGUGCUCCAAGCACUACAGCCACGACUGGACGGUGUGCCCCUUUGCGCACCCGGGGGAGAAGGCCAGGCGCCGGGACCCGCGCGUGUUCCGGUAUGCCGGGGUGGAGUGCCCACACGUGAAGGAGGGACUGAAGUGCCCGCGCGGGGACCUCUGCCCCUUCGCCCACAACAUAUUCGAGUGCUGGCUGCAUCCCACCAGGUACCGCACCCAGUUAUGCAACGAGCCAGCGUCCUGCAGGCGCAAGGUCUGCUUCUUCGCCCACGCCCUGGAGGAGCUCAGGGAGCCCUCCAACCCGCUGGAGUCGAUCCCCAAGGAAGCUGGCGCCAAGGCCGCCAGACUGUCCUUGGACAGCAGUGCAAGCACCACCAUGGCAGGGAUGGGCGCCUCGAGGAAUACACGGCGGUCGAUGGAGAUCCCGAUGUCGCCGCAGCCACCCGCAGAGCACGUCCAGGUAUCUGUCCCUCUGGCUGGUGUGCCGCAGCUGCCCCACAACGUGCCCGCCGCCCUCAGCAGCCUCAGCCAGGCCACUGGCUCCAACAUGAGCAUGAACGACGUGGCAGGUCUCCUGCAGCAGCUCACUGUGUCCAUGGGCUCCCAGCAGCUCCCCCAGAACGACCGCAUCGUGCAACUGCUCAUCAUGCUCCUCGGCGAGAUAGCGCACGCCAAUGGCGGGCAGCCUGUGGAUAGGCACAGCAUGGACAGCAUCGCUUCUGGCACCCACAGGCCUGCAUUUCCCAGGGUGUCCAUCGACAACCAUGGCCUCCCAAUGUCUGCUGGAAUGAACCUGGGGUUUGCCAGCAAUGGCACGGUGCAGCUGCCGGGCGAUGCAGGGCAUGCGAUGGCGAGCCAGGAGAUGAUACCAGAACACGAGCCGCUGAAGGCCCCCCUGGGGCGUGUCUCCGUCGAUACAAUGAUGAAUCCCUAUGGGCCAGGCAUGCACACACGGGGCCCAUCGAUUGACGCCCUUGGGGCGGUAGCAGUGUCGGAGGCCAUCUCAAUGGGCUUGAGUGGUGUAAGACGAGUUUCCGUCGACAGUGCCCUGCUGACAGGUUACCGACCUGUGCAUGGUGCAAGGGCUGCACCUGGGAUGAAGUAUGGCAUGUUCGAUGCCAGCACAAUGACACCCAGCAUGUCCUACAAUGGCAACAUGGUGGAUGCUGAAGUGCUGAGGUCGUCAUCAGAUAGCAGCCAGUCAGACGAGACCCAGAUGGAGAGGCCGUCCGCCGAUGGACCCCUCCCCGAUGCAUUCAUUCUGCAUUCGUGA